ACCACUCUUUGUAUAUUUUGUCCACCGUGUAUAUGAAUACAUAGGGGAAAGCAUAUGAUAAAGGGAGAGCACUAGUGGUGGGGAACCAGCUGAAGUUAGUCGAAUUGCGCGAUUUGGGUAUGAUCUCUCUGCACAGAGUAUAAAUUCAUAACAAACUAACGCUUAGAUCUAUAUGCAAGAAACAUAACUGUACAUAAUUACAGAAUCUCUAAAGAAUACAUAUUCCCAUAUUUAAUUGGUAUUAAUAUUGAAGAACAUUAAUAAUGAAUUAAUAUUUAUACACAGUAAACAUUGUUGAUAUCGAUAAUUAUAUACAAUAAAUAAUAUCAAUAUUAUCAGUUGUAUAUAAUAAAUACUAUGGCUGAAGUAUCUAUUAUGAAAAAAUAAAAUUACAAACUCAGGAAGAUGAUAGAUUUAAUAUAUUCAAGAAAUAAUGUUUUCAUAUGGAAUGCAGAAGACUGGUUGAAGCUUAGAAAAAAUCAUAGAAUAAUUGGUGAAUUAAUAGGCUGUCUUCCAAAAAAACCUAGGCAAGAAGUAUUUUCAGGUCUUCCAUUACUUUUACAAUCAGAGGAAGUAUCACUUUUGCUGGAAAAAAAUAUUGCACGACUUAUACAGUAUACAUGCUUCCAAAAUCCACCAUCUGAUUCAUUAAAGCAAGCUUUUGAAGAAUAUAGGAACAAAUUAUUUAUAGAACAAGAAAAAUGCUUAAGAGACGAGAGAAAAAAACAGGUUGUUGGAAUGAUGGAUAAAAUUAUAGAGGGAAAGAAACGAAAAAUACUUGGAAUAGAUACAAGGAAGAAGAAAGCAAAAAAGCCAUUAGAUCCAAAAGUACAAGAAACUUUAAAUAAUAUUGAAAUAAAUAAACAAGAUUUAUUAGCAGAAGAAAUGGCCAGAUUACCUAAGUUAGAUAAAAGUGAAGCUUUAAUUCAAACACAUACAGUGUACCCUUGGGCUAAUAAAGAUGAUAUCGAAAUAGUAGAAUGGAAAUAUCCUUCUAAUUAUAAACAAAGACUUCGAUAUAAAACAUACAAAGAUUUAUGGGAAAAAGGAUAUUAUGUAACAAAUGGAGAAAAAUUUGGUGGAGAUUUUUUGGUAUAUCCUGGAGAUCCUAUAAUGUUUCAUUCUCAGUUUAUAAUUCUAUGCAAAGAUAAAAAUGAUGAAAUUCCAAUAACUGAACUUUCUGCCCAAUGUCGAACUGCAUGUCAUGUUCGAAAAACACAAGUAUAUGCUUUUUUUUCUGAAGAUCAAAAUGAUAUAAGAUAUCAGUCAUUUCAGUGGGCAGAAAAUAUUACAUUUGAAAAUAUUUGAAAACAUUAAAAUGUAUGAAAUUGAAUCUAUUAAAAGAAUAGAACAACAA